AUGAAUAAACGUGAAAAUUUCAUUACUGAACCUGACACAAACAUUUUUUUCAUUUAUGAUGCAAUUGAUUAUUCAAAUAAUGAAGGAUAUUUUUUACGAUUACAUACAGUUUGUUUGAAUGGUCACAAAUUUUUAAUCAAUAUCAUAAUCCAAGAUAUCUUCUUCGAUAUAAAAUUAAACAACAAAAAUUCCAUCUCAUCAUAUACAAAUGAAUUUAAACCUCAAAGUUAUGAAAUUAUUUACAAACAACCAUUCGAUUCUACUGAAAAAUUUAAAUUUAUUCGAUUUUAUUUCAAAAAUCAUAAUAAACGUAAAAAAGUACUUGAUAAGAUUAAAAAUCAACAAAAAGAAUUAGAAGAAGAAUUAAAUGAUAUCAAGUUAAUAAAAGAAGGUAAAAAAAAUAAUGAAAAAUCUGGAAAAUGUAUAAAAUUUUCUAGAGAACAUGAAAUGAGAGAAGUGGAACUUAAUAAAUUAUUAGAUAUAUUUUGGUUACAAUAUGAUACAUAUUCAGAUGACAAUACAUGUCAUUAUCAAAAGGUUGCACAUGAAAAUGAGUUUGAAUUAGUUGGAUGGUAUGAAUUAAUAACAGAAGGAUUAGAUGAAUUAAAAUUAAUAAAUGAUAUAAACAUUACAUUUGAUCAAAUACAAAAAAUUAAAUGA